AUGGUUGGAAACACCAAGUCACCAGAUCUGAGUGAAGCCUUCAACUGGGCAUAUGAUGCUCAUGAAGACCCGGAAGCCAUUGACAAGACUGAAGCAUCUGUCAGCAUUUGGCCAUCGGAUUUACCCGGCUUUAAGGAGAACCUCUAUGCCUACCACAGGGAACUUCUCCGACUGUCUCGCCGACUGACUCGCAUCUUCGCAUUGGCUCUUCACUUGCCAGAGAAUUUCUUUGAUGAAUACAUCAAGCGGCCAGAGGCGGGAAUGCGUAUUCUGCACUAUCCAGAACAGAAGCACUCGAUAGAUGAGCAGAACGGUAUCGGCGCACACACCGAUGUUGAGUGCUUUACUAUUGUAACCCAGGAUGCGGCAGCUGGCCUUGAAGUUCUCAGCAAGACAGGAAAUUGGAUCAGGGCAGAGCCCAUCCCGGGCUCAUUCGUCGUCAACAUUGCCGAUUGCUUCAUGAGACAGACGAAUGACUUUUUUGCGUCAACGAUCCACCGGGUAAUCAACAAAAGUGGGAAGAAGAGAUACUCGGCUCCGUUUUUCUUUGGCUUCGACAGGGCAAAGGUGCUUGAGCCUGUGCCUACAUGCGUGAGCGACGAUAACCCGAUGAAGUAUCCUAUUAUGACCGGAGGACAAUACUAUGCUUGGCGGACAAACAAACAGAAGAACACAAAUACUCGGAACUCUAAAGUAGAUGAGUAG